AUGGCCGAAGGUGCCAUGCCGGGUGCGCCCACCAUCUCCGGAACGGAUGAUGCCACACACUUUUACAACCAACCACCGCCGGUCGCUGGUUUGAGUACCAGCCCAGAAGCAUCAGAUGCCUUGGAAAAGCUUCCCAACAUCACCAACGGCGAUUUUCACGAUGGACAAACACCGCCACAUGAAGACACGGGGCACAACGCGCCAGGCCAUCGAGCAAGGUUUCCAGACGAUGACGCCCAGCUAGAGCAAGUAUUUUCAGCACGGCCGAUUCCUAUACAGUCGAGAGGAUCACAACCGCCGGGAGAGAGUGAUCGAGAACCGGCAUCGCACCGUGGUGUAUGGCAGUCAUUCCGCAACUGGAUAGACGAGUGGCGGGAAGAUUUCGGGUCUGCUCAAGCUCAUCAGGACAUUACAAACUUGAUAGGAGAUGCGGGAAUCGACCCAACCAUAAUCAAAAAGAUCAAGGCUGGUCGAGUCUCGAGUUUGGUUGCCCCGUCGCUUAUGAUUGCAAGACCGGGGUUAGGCCAGCACAAGGACUCGAGUUCAGCCAUUCCAACACCUGGCCACCCUUGGACACAUUCCCAUUCUCGUAGUUCCAGCUCUGGAACUGCCACACCAGGGACUCCUUCGAAAAAAGGCUAUGGUGGGGUGGAUCCGCACGAGGUGGCUCGCCGAUUGAAGAAAUUCAAAGACAUGGUUGGACACAGCAAUGAUAGCAGACAAGCCAAAUAUGUUCAAGCUAAGGCCGAGCUGGCUCAUCGCCGGAACCUGGUUCUCCUCAUGGUUUAUGCCUUCAUGGCCUAUGGUGCUCCUUCUCAUCGCAUUGAAGAAUAUACGCUGGCGUUAUUCAAGGCACUCGACAUGGAGGGUCGCGUCAACUACACAGUUGGCUGCACGGACAUUUCUUUCAUUAAUCCAGUUGACCCCGCCGAUCCAUUGACAAGAAGUGCCUACACAACAUUGGUCAAAGCCCAAGGUCUCGAUAUCGGUGCUUGCGAAGUUGCGUUUCGGGUAUACAAAACUGUAGUUCACGGCGAAGUCACGAUUGAAGAGGCUAUUCAGAGCCUGAUCAACUUGAUCGAGUCUCCACCAUACUAUAGGCCAUGGUUAAUAGUCCCGUUUUAUGGUCUUGCAUCGGCUUUCGCCGCCUUGUGGGCCUAUGGUGGAUGGUGGUCAGACAUGGCCAUUGCCUUUUUCCUGGGAUGUAUUGUGGGAUUCCUGCAGAUCAUUGUUGCCGCACGCAACCCACUUUACGCCAAUGUUCUCGAGGUUCUGGCGGCUCUGCUUACAUCAUUCGGUGCUCGUGCCUUCAGUUCCAUUGGCGGUCCAUCACAGAAGUAUUUCUGCUUUGGCGCUAUAGCACAAUCGUCCAUCACAACCAUCUUGCCGGGUUAUAUCGUACUUUCCGGCACGUUGGAGCUUCAGAGCAAGUCUGUCACUGCCGGGUCUACUAGACUCUUCUACGCUGUCAUCUAUUCCCUCUUGCUUGGAUACGGCAUCAACGUUGGCGCUCAACUGUUUCUGGUUAUAGACGAGAACGCUGUGACAUCUGCUACAUGCCCUCGAUCUUUGGACCCGAAGUGGCGCAUUCUACUUGUACCAUGCUACUUGGUCCUCCAAGCAAUUCUGAUUCGAUCCAGGCCCAAGCAGAUUCCCGUUCAAGUGCUGCUAGGCAGCGCUGCCUACACUGUGAACUACUUUGUCUCGCAGUACGCAACAGCUCAAGUCGCUGAUACUGCAUCCGCCUUUGUCUUGGGAGUUCUCGGCCACCUUUGGGCACGUUCGCAACAUGCCUUUGCAUUUGCAGCUGUCGUUGCCGGCGUCAUGGUUCUUGUUCCGUCUGGACUUUCGGCCCAAGGUGGUCUUCUCCUGGGAAUUUCGACCCCAUUGUUUAACAAUGGAAGCACCGAUGCUCAGACUGUCUACGAACAGAACAUUUACCAGAGCUUUAGUGUGGGCGCCCAAAUGAUUCAAGUUGCUGUUGGCCUUGCGACCGGCCUUUUCCUUUCUGCUCUGGUUGUUUAUCCAUUCGGCAGAAAGAAUAAUGCGAUGUUCUCUUUGUAA